AAAUAACCAUAUCCAUGCGGCCCAUUUUAUAUCUUGCUGCGAAGAGGGUAAGAACACCAUUAAGUAGCUUCAAUAUUUAAAACUCCAGAGGAGACAUUUGGUCGUUCAGACGCUGGAGAAGCUCUCUCGAGCUGAUGAAUGCGCCGUGCCGAAAUAGCUUCAUGUCUGCGAGUAGGAUCACAAUAGCAGUACGCUGAAGAAACAAUUCAUCACUUUAUGGUUAAAAAAGACAGGGGGGGGAAUUGUAAAACGUUACUUCGAUCCACCCUACAUAGCCGACCAGCGGUGGCCUGGCUUGGCUUUGUGCCAUUUGAACAUGCUCCUAGACGCACAGAAUACAUUUCCUUGGCCUCACAGUUAAUAAGACAUGGCACGAAUGGAAUUGGCCCUUCCCAGAUGGAAACGUGUGCCUAACGAACAUGCUCCGCCCGGUCAUGUUGCAGUUCAUUUUCACGCAUGAUUUACCAAUAGCCUACCUGAGACACGCGUAAUGCAGCCCAUAUGGUCGCCUUUCAGAUACCGGGUUAUUCAGAAGUAAUAACAGACAUUCGCCCUAACUGAAUGUUAGGAAUUUAGGGGCCCGAGCUGAUUCUGGAAGAGUUAUGCCCCUGACCUGGCAGAUCACUGCCAAAUCAGGCCCACAUCUCUCCCAGAGUCAGCUGCAAGCCGCUGACUGGGGGAGAAGCGGUGUCAGUCACCAGGUGGAGAUGUGGUGGUCCAACUGAGCAGAUUUAUUUGUGGGAAUGGAUGGGGUGUCAAAAAGAAUACAUUUUUUCCGUGGUGUUUUCUGACUGUGGUCUUUUUUAUUUUAUACCCACUCCAAAUUCUUGUAAGUCUUCAUGAAAGUGAUGAACGAUUGUUGUACACUCUCCCACGCGCUGAAUUAAGUUCUGACAAAAACAAGGCUAUAGUUAGUCCCUAUAGCUCCUUUCAACCGUUUCUUCUCAUUCUCAGUGACAUUUGGGUCAUUUUAACGUCUGUAAAUAAAGACAAGCUGUGAAAAAUCGCUGAUUACCGUUGCAGUCACAGACUCUGCAACUUCUGCGCAGGUUGAGUGUAGUCUAGUCAGGUCAACGUUCUCAUGUCCCUUUUGUGGGUUCCGACAAUUUUCCUCUAGGAGGAGCACUUUCUGCCUUUUCUGUGUAAAUAAAAAAAUCAAUUGGAUGUGCACCGUCAGCCUCUGCAGUCUCCUUUAGCUCUUCUGGAAUGAGCCCGCAGCGCGCCGACUGACAAACUCCCAGUUCGCUGGCAGUGAGCCUCUCCCAUCACCCAGGCCAGAACCCUCAGGGCAGCAUGUGAAUGGAGGUGGAGAAGUCUGCCACUGCUGCUGCUGCUGCUGCUGCUGCCACUGCCGCUGCUGUGGCUGAGGAAGAGGGAAGAGUCACCACUACCGUCUGCCUGCCUGUCACUCUCAGAACCAUGGCCAAGGGAGAGAGAGCGGCCGCUGAGAGCUCACAGGCUGGCAAGCUCAUGCUGCAGCACCCCAAGACCCCCUUCACCAAAGUCCCACUCCAGACCACAGUGGAACAGAAGCUCUCGCUCAGCAGUAAGAUAUGUUUCGCCAUCGGAGGAGCACCCAAUCAGGUCGCAGGAAGUGCCACUGCAUUCUUCCUGCAGAUCUUCCUGCUGGACGUUGCCCAGAUAAACCCUUUCCAGGCCUCCAUGGUCCUCUUCAUCGGCAAGGCCUGGGGUGCCUUCACGGAUCCCGUCGUUGGCUUCUUCAUCACUAAAAGCAGAUGGACUAAAAUUGGACGCUUGAUGCCAUGGAUGGUGGGGUGCACUCCCUUUGUGGUGGUGUCCUACUUCUAUCUCUGGUUCGUCCCGCCCUUCGCAAACAGCAAGUUCAUGUGGUAUCUAGGCUUCUACUGCCUCUACCAGACCCUCAUCGCGUGCUUCCACGUGCCUUACUCUGCCCUCACCAUGUUCCUCAGUACCGACCAGAGGGAGAGGGACUCUGCCACGGCCUACCGCAUGACGGCAGAGGUUCUGGGCACUCUCGUUGGCGCUGCCAUCCAGGGUCAGAUCGUGGCAAGUGCCCACACGCUGAAGCACUGCCUGCAUCACAACCUGUCCGCCAAUCACCUGGGCAACAGCAGCGGUGCCGAGGUCGUCAGGAGCCUGGCGCUCUCACAGGAUUUCCUGUCUCAUGCGAAAGAGGUCUACAUGAUCGCAGCAGGAGUGAUUGGUGGGAUAUUUCUGAUCUGCACUGUGGUGAUGUUCCUGGGAGUUAAAGAGAAAGAUGAUCCUUAUGCACCGAAGACUGAGAAACAGAUAUCCUUCUAUAGGGGCUUUGUGCUGGUGAUGCGCCAUGGGCCCUACCUCACGCUAACAGCAGCCUUCCUCUUCAUAUCUGUGGCCAUCCAGCUGGUGCAGAGUAAUUUUGUCCUCUUCUGCACUUACGCUGUGGACCUGCGAGAUCACUUCCAGAACAUUGUUCUGACCAUUCUGGUCUCGGCUGUGGUGAGCAUCCCGUUUUGGCAGUGGUUCCUUGAGAGGUUUGGCAAGAAGAUGGCAGCUUUCUGUGGUAUCACGUGGAUCAUGCCCUUCACCGUCAUGCUGGUCUUCAUUCCAAACCUGGUCGUGGCUUAUGUGGUGGCCGUCUCGUCUGGCCUCAGUGUCGCCGCCUCACUGCUGUUGCCAUGGUCAAUGCUUCCUGAUGUGGUGGAUGACUUUAGGCUGGCGAACCCUUUCUCCAAGGGACACGAGGCCAUCUUCUACUCCUUCUACGUGUUCUUCACCAAGUUUGCUGCCGGAAUUUCACUCGGAGUCUCAACACUUUGUUUGGAGUUUGCGGGCUAUGACACAGGAGCAUGUCGGCAACCCCCUCCAGUGGCAUACACACUGAAGCUUCUGAUUGGUGCAGCACCUGUGGCUUUCAUUGUGACGGGACUGAUGAUUCUUCUCCUGUACCCAAUCAGUGAGGACGUACGACUUCGGAACACGCUGGCCCUAGAAAACCUCAGGCUGCAGUCUGUGUAGGGCUACUAUAAGGCCAGGAAUGUUGACUCCUAUAAUCCCCAAUGUAUAACCAUGUAACAUCAUACUUCAAUAUUUAAAUUACUUUAAACUCUUGCUGGAAAUGUCAGCAAAACUUGACAACAAUCCUUGGGGACACUGGUCACCACUCAAGUUGGUGACCUUGCGUUGACCUUUGCCACAGGUGCUUUGCCUUCUGAAGUUUCAGUUCUUGGAAAAGCAAGCCCUCUAGGAAGGUAAUAGGGCAUCCAUCCCAGGUCCCUAGGAGAUAACCUGUGCAGCAUAUUAGCUACUGAACUAAAAACAGGAUUGUUACAUUCCAGUCUUCAGCUGGGAUGGGCUGUAUUAGUGUAUAUUACACUGUGGAACAGAAAUACUACCAAUAGAUCAUGUUUUCGUGUAAACUUUUAAGUUUGUUUCUGUAUUUUCACAAGAACUUGUAAGGUGGGUUGUUAUUAUUACACAAGGAUUGUAUUAUGAUCUUGGAUUAAAGAUAUAACCAUUAA